GAAUUGCAACAUGUCCGGCAAUUUUCUCAGCUGUCCGGACGUGGCGUAAGAGCAUCUUCUGCGAUGGAACGCUGAAUAAAGGAGCGCUGCGGAGCUAGAGUAGCGAAAUACAUAAACCAUAUGCCACCAUGACUCGGCCAGCUGGGCUGCGCUCCGUGUCGCUGUUCUCGCCUCAGGCCCGCGGCGUCCUCUCCUCGAGCUCUCUCCGUCUCUCUGGCAGCUCUCCUGCCGCUGCCAUCACCGAGGACACUGCUAAUGGAGGGACUAGUGACGUGUCCGGAUCUGUUGCGGAGGAAGUGAGGGGAGCGACAGCCUCAGAGUGUAACUCGUGUCACGUGACAUUUGCCGACAGAGCUGAGCAGGUGACCCACUAUCAUCUGGACUGGCACAGAUACAAUCUCAAGAGGAGAUUGAGGGGUUUUCCCCAUGUUACCCAGGCAAAAUUUGAGGAAGAGGCUGGUGACCUUUCUAGUAUAUCUGGUUCAGAGAGUGACUCGGAAGACUCGUGCGAGGCCACGCCCACCGACUCCGCCCACCAAUCAACCUCCUCUCCAUUCGUCUACUUCAGAGCGGACGGCAGUGCCACUGGAACAGUGUAUUCUGUCUAUAGAGUGAUCCUUGCUGGAGGAAAGAAAUAUGUGUCAAAUGAGAGGCUGGUCCCCUCCCUCCUCUCCCUCUCCCUCCCUCCAUGUUGGGUGAUCCUCAUGAGAGGUGGUGGACAUUUCGCCGGAGCUGUGUUCAAAGGGUCUGCCGGGGCCAGUCUACGGAGGUACAACGAGUCAGCUCUGGAGCGAGAGGUGCAACAGCUGCUGCAGUCCUGGGCAAGCCACCUCAGGGAAUCCACCGCCAUCUUCAUCAGAGCUCCCAGGACACACAUGACCACGUUCACAGGGGCUACUAACGAUACAAACUGUGACGAGGUGAGGGUUGAGAGAGAGGAAGAGGAGGUAGGAGGUGAGAGUGGUGACUGUGGUGAUGAUGACAGUAGUGUGGAUGAUGAGGGUGGGACACAGGGAGAGGGAGAGGGGAAGAGGAAGAAGAGGAGGAGGAAGAAAAAGAAGGUGGAGAAAUCUUGGAAGGAUGUUCCUCUGUCACCAUUCCUGGCCCAGCUGCUGACAGUAUGUGAGAGAGGAGAGGGAGAGGUGAUGACAAGUGUACUACAAAACCUCAGCAUUUCCCCCAUUACUGAGACCACACCCACUACUAACGAGCUAUCAGGACAAACUUCGGGACAAGCCUCGUCGUCUGGUGUCCUGAACCAGUUGUACGGUGGUGUGUCUGCACUCCAUGUUGCCUGA